AAAUUCACACGUUUUCUUGGCGUUGUUUGUUAUCCGGUUUUGCAUUUUUAGUGAAGUUCUCAUUUUAUUUCAUGAAAUAUGAUGUAAAACAAAUAAACAUGUUUGUACAGUGUGCUGUUACAGGUUUGCGCCCGGUUUUAAAACAAUAAUACUUACUGUAAACAUGUAGCUCUAAAGGCAGGUGCUAUUAUGUUUUUUCCAAUAUCACAAUUACUAAUAUCCAUUUGACACAUAAUUUUGCAAUAGAUGGAUCACACCUAGCACCUGCCACCAAUGGCUACACUCUCGAAAUGGGUCCCUGUAGGGGCCGACACCAAUAAACAAAACAUAGAUCAAAAACUCAAACUCACCACUAUUGAUUUAGUAGGCGGCAUCUAUUGUAACAUUUGCCAUAUAACAUUUGGAAACAAAAAGGAAUUCGACAGUCACUAUACACAACAUGGAUCAGGCAACGCAGACAUCGUAUAUACAUGUGUUGUUUGUCACAAAGAAAUAAUUGGCUAUCCUAGCUUCCGUGGCCACUGUUAUUUAGCUCAUGUCACGAAAGAUAGAUUCAAAUGUGAACAUUGCCACAGGAUGUUUUCAAAGCAGACUGCUCUCCAAAGUCACAUCAAAAGUAUGCAUCAAACGAUAAUCAAAUGUUUGAUUUGUCAGAAAACAUUUCAAUGUCAAAAAGAGCUAUUACUGCAUAAGAUGAUCCAUAAAAACACUGAAAAUGGACCACCAUAUGAAUGUCAGACAUGUGGUGAUCGAUUAGAAACAAGUGAUGACUGUGAAAACCAUAUAGAAGAUCAUUGUUCCAUGUUUUACUUUUGUCCAAUCUGCAAUGAAGAUAUCAUUAAUUUACAAUAUGCUGCUAGUCAUUUGACAAAACACUUUGGCAAUGUACUUAAUGAGAAAAAACCAGCCGAAGACGUAACAGAGAUCGAAGAAAUAUCUAAUGAUAGUUCACUUGACCUCAUUGGUGGCAUACUUUGUUGUUACUGCAAUAGUACUUAUAGAGCUAGACAAGAUUUUGAUAACCAUAUAACAACAGAUCAUCCUGAUAGAGAUAUUGUUUAUGCGUGUAAUAUCUGUGGGAAAGAAUUUGAGAAAUAUUUUAAUUUUACUAGCCAUUGUUAUGAUCAUACAGCUAAAGACAGAUUUCAGUGUGAAGAAUGUUCCAAAACAUUCCCUCGUUUAUCUUUACUGGUAAUUCAUAUGGAAGCUUACCACUCCAACACCAAAACAUCUGGAGAUGCAUUCCCGUUCACAUGUCUGCAGUGCAACCAUGGUUUUAAGACUGACCGCCGUCUCAAAGAUCACUAUAGGAACGUACACAAGGAUCAUGCUUAUUACAGUCAGUGUCCAGAACAGGGAUGUGGAAAGACUUUUGAUGCACCAAAAGAUCUGAUCCUCCAUUUGAAAGAACAUAACUCUGUCCACAAUUGGUGUAAACAAUGUGGCCUCCGAUUUUACAGCUUAAAAGCUUGCGAAAAGCAUCUCCAAUACCAUAAAAAGAAACUUUACUCUUGUCCCGUUUGCAGUAAGAACUAUGGUGAGAAGUAUCUUGUUGUCAAACAUGUCCAUCAGCACUUUUCAGCGGUACUCCAUGUUUGUAAAGUAUGUGGGAAAAUAUACAAUGGUAGGAAUCGUCUUGUGCAGCAUAUGAAAGUACAUAAUGAAGUUAAACCUCAUAUUUGCUCUUUUUGUGGCAAGGGCUUCACUAAGACAUACUUGUUGCAGCAACACUUGAAUGUGCACACUGGCCUUAAGCCCUUUAAGUGCACUAAUUGCCCUAAAACCUUUGCCAGCUACCCAAAUUUAAGGAAACAUCAACGUAAUAUACAUAAUGUUGCCAUACUGAAUACUAAAAGGGUUUUAAAUGAAAACAAUAAUCAUAACACUUCAAAUAAAGCUGUCGAUGAAGUGAUAAAAGAAAAUGAAAAAACUAUGUUAGAUCAUGACCCAUCAGAAGAAGUGACAGGCGAUAUCAAUGAUACAAUAGGAAGCCCAGAAGUAGAUUUAUCAAUUGUUAACACAUCUGUCGAUAUGAUAAGUUCAACAACACAUAAUUUUGAAGAGUCCAAUGAGUCUAUGAAUCAGUGGAUACUGAAUAGCAGUAAUUCCUCUGCUAUAGAGAUGUUAGCAGAGAGCAUAGAGAACCAGCAGGGUGCCAACAUUGAAGUCACUAACAUUGAUGAAUUUCAAAAAGAACUUUGGGUUUCCAACUCAUCCAUUCCAACAGAUUGGUCUCAAACCGUUGUACCCUAUGAGUAUGGGCCGGAGUUUGUGUUCGGCGCGGAGGCGGAGGGCGCGGGCGCCGGAGUGAUCCCCCUGGGGGACCCGCCCCUCCCCCACAUCGACCCCCGACUCACCCUCCUCAAUCCCCCGACGUCGCCGUUCUCCCCCUCGCUGGACCCCUCGCCCGUUCUCACAAAGCUGGAAUCCCCGUUCGACUUCGACACCGCCCGGUUCGUAAUAAACACCGAUAUAUUUUAACCGCCACAAUGUAUAAAUUCACGACGAAACUGGUAAGUUUCUUUUGUUACACUCACGUCGUCGAGUAGUUUUUGUCACAUGUCGAAUAAGUUUCAGUGACUCGAUAAGCUAAGCUUUCCGUCUCUUUCUAAUCAGAUGGAGGCCACCGAAGUGACUUAUAUUUUUGGUCCUGAACCAAACGCAUUGUUGUAUAGAAAUAAAUAAUUGUAAUAGUAUUGUAACCGCGGUCAGUUGGGACGGAUCUGUCCGAGUCUGUUAUCACUUUGUUACAUUCCAGACUAUGAAAACUUGUCUGAUGCUGUAUUGGAAAUGAGUUUUGUCAAGAUUGUGACAUAGUGGUAACCGUUCACCGUCGGUCCACGAGUCUACCUCACACUGAAACGAGUAUAUACCUCAGUAAUGUCCAUAGGAGCUAUUUUAUAGUGUAACUGUUGAUUAUACAUAACGUGUAUCCCACCAAAACAUUAGAUGAGUAAUAAGUUUAAUCAUAAUUAUUCAUAAUAAUGCUACCUCAGUUUAGUUAUUUAAGUUAAACUUAAGUUUAUUCGCGCCCGAAUGUAUCGGAAUGCCUUCGUAUCAGGUUGUCUAUACAUUUAAUAGUGAUGUGCCGUUUCUUAUUUCGUCACGAGUGGCCUAUUAAAAAACUUGGCCGUUCGCAACAAUCUGGAAGCGAAUGUUGACAUUUCGUACGCCGAUUUCGAACAACUAGAAUUAUUAAUUCGCUCAUAAAUAGUGACUUUAGUUUGUCAUAAUAAUGUUUUCUGAAAUUAGUUUGGUUUUUUUAAAUUGUUACAAAAAGUUUGUCCACUUUGUUUCAAAGUUGAGUUACGGCAAACGACAGCUUUGUAAAUAUGUGAUUUUUUUGUGGCAUUACAUAACUUCCAUUUCAAUUUCGCUUACUUGGAGCCAAUGUUGGGUGUCUGAUGAUAUGAUUGCCGCCAAUAUUUGAAUGGAGUAACAGUUACGUGUUGACCGGCAUUGGCUCGUGUCUUGCAUUUCUUUUUCGAUUCCUUUUAUUGUUAUUAUAUGAAAGUCGUGAGGCCAAGCUUCACGGCUUUAGUGUAAGUGAAUCGAUAGUGCUGUGAUAUUUUUAUGUACAUCUAGUGUUAAGAUUAGUGAGCGUAACGUAAUAAGUGAGUACAAAGAUAAUGUUAUUUAUGAUGAACAAACGGAAUUCGGGUCAUAUAACGAUACAUGCGUCGUUCCGAUUCUGGUGCGACUCAUCGCGGUCAUAUGUACGGUCAUCAGAGAAAGGUAACUUGUUCAACAAAUCGAGAUUUUUAUUAACGGUAGCGGCAUUUUAAGCCCGCGCGCUCUUGUGAUUUAGUGUUAGAGCUUAGUGUUUUUCUGUUGACCUUACACAAAGUCGUACCUAAUGCCUCGGGUCGACUCGAGGCAACCACACCGCGACAGAAUAUGGACACGACAAUUCACACGCAUAUGGAAAUAUAAGUGAAAAACUUAAAGUAUCUAAAUAUGUAUAUUCGAAUAUUUAUACGAUAUUUCGAAUUUAACAAAGGCUCGUUCCCUUUACUUUAAGUUCUUCACUUAAUAAAGUGACAGGUAAAGUAUACCGCACACAAGUACAGUUCAGGAGAGUCCAUAUGCGUUCAAACAAACAAAUUAGGUGUAAAUCUCACCAAAUUAUAUACGAAGACAAUUUACUUAAUCGAAGAAAGUUAAGAUUUGAUUCUUAAAGAUGUUGAUGUAUAUGUAAGAAAGAAAGAAAAUAUAUGAAUUAACUCCGAAAUAUAUUUUGGAGAGAGAUAUUUACAAGUUUGAUGCGGGGUCUUAGUGAUAAACGUAUCCAAAGACUGUUAGGUAUUACAUGAGUUCUUUGAACUCGAAUAUUUGACUUAUAAGUCAGGGAUAUAAUGCGGAAAAAAGUCAGAUACGCGAAAGCAAGAGAAACUAAAAUAGAUCACUAUGUAGCUAACGAAAAUCAUAGGCUUUGACACGAUAUCGAU